AUGCGCGAAGUUAUUUCGAUACAUGUUGGGCAAGCAGGAAUACAAAUCGGUAAUGCUUGUUGGGAACUAUUUUGUCUAGAACAUGGAAUAAAUCCGGAUGGAACAAUGCCUAUGUCUGAACAAAAUAUGGGAAUCUCCGAUGAUGCAUUUAAUACUUUUUUUAGUGAGACUGGUGCUGGAAAGCAUGUACCCAGAGCAGUUUUUGUGGACCUGGAGCCUACUGUUGUUGAUGAAAUUCGUAGUGGGACGUAUAGGCAACUAUUUCACCCUGAGCAACUCAUUAAUGGAAAAGAAGAUGCAGCAAAUAAUUUUGCGAGAGGCCAUUAUACAGUUGGAAAAGAGAUAUUGGAAGUCUGUCUAGAUAGAAUUCGUAAGCUUGCUGAUAAUUGCACUGGAUUACAAGGUUUUCUAAUGUUCAAUGCAGUGGGAGGUGGAACAGGAGCUGGACUCGGAACAUUGUUGCUCGAAAGACUCUCCGUUGAUUAUGGUAAGAAAUCCAAAUUGAACUUCUGUACAUGGCCAUCCCCGCAAUUAAGCACUGCAGUGGUAGAGCCGUACAACGCCGUUCUUUCCACUCACUCGCUCCUUGAACAUGCGGAUGUUGCGGUCAUGCUGGACAACGAAGCAAUUUAUGAUAUCUGCAGACGAAAUUUGAAUAUUGAGCAGCCUGCAUAUACAAACCUAAAUCGACUAAUUGCACAAGUAAUUUCUUCUUUGACUGCAUCUUUGCGCUUUGAUGGUGCACUGAAUGUUGAUAUCACUGAAUUCCAAACAAAUCUAGUUCCUUAUCCAAGAAUCCACUUCAUGCUUUCAUCAUAUGCUCCAAUUAUUUCCGCUGAAAAGGCUUUUCACGAGCAACUUAGUGUUGCUGAGAUAACUAACGCAGUAUUCGAGCCUCAGAAUCAAAUGGCGAAAUGCGACCCUAGACAUGGUAAAUAUAUGGCGUGUUGUCUGAUGUAUAGGGGUGAUGUUGUACCAAAGGAUACGAAUGCGGCAGUUGCAACAAUUAAGACCAAAAGAACCAUUCAAUUCGUUGAUUGGUGCCCAACAGGAUUCAAAUGCGGAAUUAAUUAUCAACCGCCAACUGUUGUGCCUGGUGGAGAUCUUGCUAAGGUUAUGCGUGCGUGUUGCAUGAUUUCUAAUUCAACUGCAAUCGCCGAAGUUUUCAAUAGAAUGGAUCAUAAAUUUGAUUUAAUGUACUCUAAGAGGGCGUUUGUGCAUUGGUAUGUCGGCGAGGGUAUGGAAGAAGGUGAAUUUAGUGAAGCUAGAGAAGAUUUAGCUGCCUUAGAAAAAGACUACGAAGAGGUCGGAAUUGAAAUUGCUGAUGGUGAGGACGAAGAAGUGCACUAUGAAGGAGAUUUCUAA